UUGUUUGUCAGACGCGAGCAGCCAUGUCAACCUUCUUUCAAGAUACAAACAUAACUAUGACAGUCUUUCAGUGGUGUAACCAUACAACCCUUUGUUACAAAUAGUCACCAUUAGAACUCACAGAUCAUUCCGGGUUUGGAUAUGGCUCGGAAAAGAGGGCAUCAGGAGACUGGUAGUAAACAUGCCCUGCAGCCACCGGACAGAGGCAGGAAACGGCAGAAGCAAGACAUCCAAGAUGGCCACCAGGGAACUCUGCAGAGCGGGAAGAGCAGAGAUUCACAAAAGCUGGAGACAAGCGCUGGUUCAAGAACACGAUCUACACAGAGCAAUGAGAAAACAGCCUCCGUCAGUAGCCCUAGAACCAGAUCUUCCAUCUGUGAGAAAACAAAGCCUGUUUCUAGCCCUAAAGAUAGAUCAUCCCAUCACAGUGUGCGGAAGUCAGACAAGUUGUCAAGCUUACCAACUUCUGGUAUCCAGAAAGAAUUCUUACCCACAUCUAAGAAGUCUCCAGGUGGUACAGAGACAGAAGUUAAUCAAGGAAAAACGUCUUUUGGUUUCCAGGAAGAAUUAUUGUCCAAAUCUAAAGAGUCUCCAGUUAGUACUGAGACAGAAAUUAAUGAAAGGGCAACUUCUGGUAUCCAGGAAGAAUUAUUGUCCAAAUCUAAAGAGUCUCCAGUUAGUACUGAGACAGAAAUUAAUCAAAGAGCACACAUUGAACAGAAGCAAGAAGAUGGAAAAUGCCAGGAAUCAAAUUAUGCAAAAUUAACUCCUCAAAAGAAAUGCAGAAGGAAAUCUUCACAGAGUGUUGGUGAACAAAUACCAGGUUCUAUGUCUGGACAAAGCAAAGUAGCUGAACCUGAAGAUGAGGACACCUGGCAAAGGAAACCAAAUAUAUCUGAUCAAUCUGACAAUCAGGUUGUUGAAUCUGCUGAUACAUUUUCUCUGACCUUGACCCCUGACCAAGGUCGAAGGUUUUCAGGUCGUGUAAGGAAACUGACUCAAAAGGCUGCCGAAGCCCGAGUGACAUUCAAGCCCAAAUUCCGCAGCAAAGCUGCAAGUCCCAAAACACAACUCUCAAAGCCUGGGACACAACGAGAGAAUGUAAUCGAAUUGUCAACAGCUCCUGUGAAACAAGUCACCACGGAAGUAGAGAUUAUCUGUGCUGACACAGUUUUAAAUAAGGACCAAGAGGAGGGUGGAACUGGCAGUUCAGUUCACAUGGGAUCAGGGCCAACAAGUAACGAUAACAUCGCUAAUGUUCAACUUUCGGCAGUCCAAACUGAUUCAUGUGUGUCUCCGUCUGGUGAAGUUGAAGAGACAGUUUUCAGCAGUGGUGCUGAACCUGCUCUUGGAAACAGUGACUCUUGUCCUAGCUCUCAAUCCAGUACUUUUCCAUCACAUGAAACUCAUAAUACGAUUUCUGUUCUCUACGAAUCGGAUAAUGUUCUUUCUAACAAUCAUUCCACUUGCCGUUGUUCCAGUUAUCAGAACACCGAUGAAGAAAUACCAGAGAGUGAAAGCAGUUGCCAUGGAGACUCUGGUGACCAUGGCGAUCAUCUCUAUAAUGCCAGUUUACACAAAACCUUGCAACAUUCAGUCUUAUCCAUGUCCAAACCUCUUGACCAUAACAGUGUUUCUAUGGUAACGGAUAGGGGUGUUCAAGCCUCUUUGUUAAAAGACUCUUGUAACCGGGUCAGUACAGGUAUUCAGGUCGACUGUAGUUAUACGUUGCCAUGCCGACAGGCUCAGUUGGACAGCGACACGCAUGAUGAUGAAGACCCAACAGCAAACCCCCAGCAGUCGUCUCCCUUCUCCACAGGUCUUCCCAAUGUAAAUCUCGCUUCUCUUCUUGCCUUACCAGAGGCUGGAGAAAAGGUUUUGGGUGGAGUCUCUGCCCUGGUCAAGGAUAGCCUGCUGCAGAUUCAGGGCAUGCGACACUUCAUCACCCAUGACCUUCCCACCAUGACCAGUGUGGCAUGCUUCCAAACUGCGGACAAGAUCGCCAUCAGCGGAACCAUCCAGGGCGUGUGCCGAGCCUGGUCCAUCCUCAGUAAUAUAGAACACCAUAUUCAACAGAGGGAUUUAAAGAGUAAAAAAGCUGUCCAAAUUCAGUGGAUAACAAAGGCUGGAGUGAAGAAGGUUAUCGAGUUCAAGCGUCCAGUAGGUGAUGAUUCUGUGUCCCCAAACAAGUCUCCCAAACCUCUGACUGUUAUGGUUGACAUCAAGACACCCGAGAAAAGAACAGAAUCAGCGAACAUGCCAAUCUCUCCACUCAGGAAAUCUCCCCAAACACAUUCCACCUCAGACCAGAAUAAUUCCAAUGCUAAAGCAAACAUUCCGGAUCUCUCUUCCAAAAAGCAAGUUAGUUUGUUGUCUGGAAAGUCUUAUUCUUACCCUCUCAUGGAUGGACUUCCUCUGGCAAAAGAUGGUGAGAAGCAGACAAAAGAUGCAGAUGUGGGAUCUGAUGGAACUGAGACGGAAAAGCAGACGUCAUGUGCACCAGAUCUUGCAGACGACAAUACAGCAAAAGCAGACGGUGGAAUGGAACCAGUAGCUCAUGAGGACAAUGGAACUCUUAACAAUAUCGAUAUAAAGAAUUUGAUUAAGAAGAAAAUUAAAGCAAGUUUGGAGAGAAAUGAAGAAGAGACUCAGACUGAUUUGCAAGAUGACUUAUCCGAUUGUGGUUAUGAUGAUGAUGUUCAUGAUGAGGACAGAGAUAGUAGCGGGGUAGAUGCAGAGAGAGUAAUCAAGGUUGAGAAGACUGCUGAAGAUCAUGUCCAGCAAGGCGACACUGUCAUCUAUAAGGGGCGGGACAGGAACGACUGCAUGAUCAUGGUUACAAAACGCGGUGAAUACGUUUGUGAAUACUGUCCCGAGACCUUCCCUACAGAAGAUGAUCUCGCCUCCCACAAAGUUCACGAACAUGACAUUGAUGAAGCUGCAGAAGAGAGUAGAUCAUUUGUGGAAUGCAAAACCUGCUCACAAAGGUUCCGUUGUCAUUUGGAACUUCAUCGACAUCAACGUCGGGCUCACAGUCUCGUCAGUCUGCUGCCCAAGACGGAGCCAUCUGUAAACCAUUCCUGCAAUGUCUGUGGUAAGAAGUUCUCUGAAAAACGCUACUUGACGACACAUUUAAAACGCCACACUGGGAUCAAGAAACACAAGUGUGAUACUUGCGGAUGGAGGUUCUUUGAAGCUCACAAACUAAAGUUUCACCUGGAGACACACAAACGUCAAGAGGACCGUCAACUGCCAUACCGCUGUGUCAUAUGCCUGCGUCAAUAUCACAACCGUCAAUCUUGGAACGAUCACAUGAACACCCAUACUGGAGCCAAGCCUUACAAGUGUAAUGCGUGUCCGUCAACAUUUGCCCAUCGUAUUGGUCUCCACAGACACAAACUCACCCAUGAGAAAGAGUGUCCAUUCAAGUGUCCCUAUUGUAGUCGUGGUUUCAAGGUCAAGGCCAACCUUAACGCACAUAUUACAAUGCAUACCGGCAUCAGCAAGCACACAUGUAAUGCUUGUGGGAAGGUGUUUACAGUUGCCACCUCGCUCCGUCGUCAUAAGUGUCAGCCAAUUGGCUCGAAACAGGCUUCGCCCGAGAAGGAAACUGAAGAGCAGUACACCUACAUGUGUGGUGUUUGUAACAUGACCUUCCAGACCCUUGAGCUGGCGGAGACUCAUUCCCUGGCCCAUGUAGAUGGCGCCACUGGGGAUAUGAGUCUGGUUGGGGUCCAGGUUGAAGAGGUAACUGAAGAUACCGAUUUUGCUACUUCUGGUUCUAUGGAUGCAUCUACUACUUACAUUGUACAUACCGAUAGCAAUGGACAGCCUGUAACUGCUAGCGAUAUUUCAGCUAUUAUAUCGUCUGUCGAAAAGAAUAUCGGUCAAGAUGGCGAUUCUUUGGUUGACGAGGCAGAGAAGAUUCACAUUGCGGCGAGCACUUUGGCGGAUUUGUCAACGCUGUCGAAAGACGUGGAGACUUUAGGAAGAGGGUCUGUGGAUUCUUUAUCCCAGGAAUUGGUGGACGGGACGUUGCACAAAACACACACAGCAGCAGAUGCAGCCCGAGUCAACUUGGAUGAUACAACAAAUGUAACCAUGGUAACAGGACAGGAUACAGUUGCUAUGGCGGUGGUAACACCCAAGACUGGGACCCAGGAAACUACAAGAAUGCUUCAACGUGAUGCAGCAGGCAAAACCGUGGGGUCACAGGGUACAAGCAGGGGUGCAACAGAAACAGAUGCUGAGGAUAACUAGAUACUGAGACAUAGAUGUUUUUACCUGUUCAGGAUACCACAGGUAGGAAGAGCUCCAUGCCUUGAGAUGGUGCUGAAACACACUUCUGUGUCUUGAGGCAGAGCUGAAAUGAUUCUUUGUCAUGAAGAAUAGCUGAAACGCAGUUCCGUGUCUUGAGGCAGAGCUGAAAUGGUUCUGCAAGGAAGAGCUGCCACAGAAUGUGUCUUGAGGCCAAACCUAACUUGGACCAAAUUUUAGUGAUUUGUAUGAAAAAAGCUGAGGGCAAAGUUAUAGACUUAUUCACACCAGCAGAUGUCAGAUUUCUGAAUGUAUGCUGAAUCAGAAAUCAGAUGGUGCUAGAACCGAAAUGCAAAGCUUGUGAAUCACAAACCGACAUCCGAAGUCAGACAUACACUAAAUACAAUAAAGGAAUGUCUGAAGGCACAGCUCUUCCCUCUACAACAAACAGCAGAAGUCACUUAGGUCAGUUUCUGGAGAUGUGCAAGUCGUCAUUUAUUUAUAAGACUAUUAUAAUGGGUCGGGCUUAAUGGUUUCUGACAUUCAUAGGUGACAUAGCACUGCACAGCAAAUCAGGGCGUGUCUAGGUAUGACAAGUGAUUCCUGUAUGAUCAUGAUCAGGGAGUGAUGACAUCCAAGGACCAGGGGAGGGGUUUAAUUUGGAUAUGCAAUUAUUGUUGACGCUUGAGAUUGUGAUACAGUGAUUCCUGUUAUGUGGUGGUGUAUGUGAAAGAUAUCUCAUGAAGUAUGCAUAGUAUAGUACUUGAUGAUGCAAUAACUAUCAUGUAACCAGGUAACUGCAUCAAAAAGAUUUUAUGUCAAAUAUGUGUUAAAUGAAUCCUAUGCAGAAUCAAAUAAUCUUCAUUAUCUUAAAUGGCAGCAUUGUAAUUGGUACAGGUAAGCUUCUAUGGAACAGAAUAGCUAACGGAGCUGAGAUGAUAUACAAGUGGCGAUACAUAUUACAAGAGUGAGGUCACGAUACAAUAUGUAUCAUGAUGCAGAAAAAAUUCUCUGUAGAGAUCGGCCAGUGACAUUGGUGAAUAUUUUCAGCUCACCUGACUGAAUUUCAAGUGAGCUUAUGUCAUAGGCUGUUUGUCUUGCGUCUAUUGUGUGUGUCCUUCGUCCUCAGAAAACCACUGGACCAACUACACUGAAACUUCACGUUUGUUCCCACGAAUUAUGACACUCAAAUUUGUUCUUGAUCUUGGAAUCUCAUUUUCAAAAUGGCCGCCAUUACAGCCAUAUUGAAAAAACUAUUACUCAGCCAAUUUCGUUCAAAAAUGUAAGGAAAUUUAGCACGUGUUGUUAGUAGAGGGAAUUUGCAUGUUCCAGAUAUAUUUGUUUUGACCUGACCAUGGUCUAAUUUCUCAAAAAAUGUGCCCCGAGGUCUGUAAACAUCAUCUUCUCAGAAGCCACUGGGCCAAUAAAGCUGACACUGCACAUGCUUUUUCCCGCCAGUGACAACCCCUGAAUUUGUUCAAGAGGUUUAAAUUUGAGUUUCAAUAUGGUUGCCAUAACCUAUUUAUUGCCAUUGCGAAGCCAUUUUGUAUUUAAAAUGUAAUGAAAAUUUGCAUAUGUUUAGUAAUUUUAGUAGUGGUGCUAACAUAUAUGUUCCAUUUUUUGUGUGUCGUAUCCUAAAUUUUUAAAUUGAUUUGACCUAAUGUUCUGACCAUAGUUCCUAAAUAAGCAAACAUCUUCUCCUCUGAAAUAAGUUAUAAGUCCUGUAUAUUUAUUAGAAAAUAUUUGAAUAUCAAUUCUGCAGCAACUUUUAUUAAGUGGGCAGCCAUUACUCUACCAUUUGUGUUCAAAAUGUAAUGAAAUUUGGUGCUUGUUUGGUUAGUUGUGGGAUUCAACACAAUAGUUCCAUUUUCUCAAAAUUUAAAAUGUUGACUUGGUCAAUAACAUGCUCUUAAGUUCUCCCAAACUGCAUCUCCGUAAUGUAAACUUAUGCUGACAUAAUAUCUUGUUCAGUUCAACUGUUGACUACAUACCCAGGUGAGCUACAGUGCCAUGGCACUACAUUCAAGCCGUAAAAGGCGACUAUGCCUGUCGUAAGAGGCGACUUAUGGCAUCAGGUGGUCAGGCUCGCUGACUUGGUUGAUGCAUGUCAUCGUA